AUGAAUCCAAUUGAUUUCGUGAAAUCAUCUCGAGCUUGUGAAGAUGAGAUAUUGCACUCGGUGAAGAAGGCAAAAUUGCACAGCAAUGCACUUCAACGACAAAAAGAACGCUCAGCGAAGGAUGGCGUUAUUAAACUGAUUAAAGCUUUAACUCAAAAAGCUGAAAACGGUAUUCAAAUCCUUGAAAUUAAAAAGAGCGGAUUGAAACGCAGUAUCGAACAGGAAUCGUCGGGCGAUCCGAAGGAAAUUCACUCGUUGCGGGUGGAUCUACUUAAGAGACAGCAAGAACUCAUUAGAAAAUAUUCAAAACUCCGUCGCGAUGAGGUUGAUUUUAUUAUUAAUAAUACAACACAAACCGAAAAACUUAAGAAAUGUAUUGAAACAGCAAAAACUUUGAAAACUGAACUCUUGAAAUCUAAACAUUCCGCACAAGAUAACGCUGAACACAUUUAUGAGACCAACAACAACUUGAUUUCUGCCAAACAACAAACUCUCUGCCAGAUUAAACAGGUAGAGGAAACUAAACGAUCAAGUUUAGCAGGAGUUACUAAGGAAAUAGAGGGAGUGACAAAUGCUAUUCUUACACAUGAUAUUCUUAUUGAAUCUGUUUUGUUGGAUAAUCAACAAAUUAAUGAGAUGCUCCAUAGUAUUAAUAUUCGUAACUUUACAAAAGAUGAUGACAAUAUUACAAAUCUUGAACGCAAGUUAUUACAAAAAGAAAUUGAGUUUAACAACCUUACAAAUGAUCUAAAUAAACUCAAAGCUGUUAAUACUAAAAUUUCAAAGGAAAUUGCGACUGGAAAGGUAAACCUGGAAAACUUAAAUCAUAAUCUUGCCAUUCAAGGAAAAAUGAAAGGUGUUAAUAAUGAUAAUACUGAAAUUAAAAAACAGUUGAACUUUUAUGAAGCACAAAUUGCCAAAAGAGAAUCCGUCGCCGCAGAAUUCCAAAAAAAGCAACAAGUUCUUGAAGAACAAGAACGUUACUUGAAGACAAUUGCAGUAGAUCUAACUGAAUUUAAUCAGGAGCGUGCAACAAAGUUACAACAAAUUAACAUUGAUAUAAUAAAAGUUAAAGAAGAAAUGGCCAAACUGCAAACUGGGUGUAAUGAAGAUGAAACUGUGUUCCUGAAAGAAAAAAACUUGCUUGAUCAAGAUAUUUCUAUUGCCACCGAGAAACAAAAGCGUUUAUUCAGAAAUUUAGAAAAAGCUAAGAAACUUACGGAGAAUCUAAAGGAAACCUACUCUAAAAUGAAAGGCACUAAAUCAAGUUUUAAAACUCCUGUGAAAAGUCCAGGUAUUCGCAAAGUGACGUUCAAUCAAUAUGUAACUGAACGCGAAAUCACUGAUGAAUCAUCGGAUGUACCUUCUUCGCAGAAUUUAAAUUAA